CUCCCAUCUCUCUCUCUAAUUUAGGGUUUUCUCUUCUUUCAAUCCGAUUCCGAUCGAUCAAUCAACCCCCCACAAAUCAAAGCUCUCAAUUUUCCAUCCAUGGAGUCAAAGGUACGUUCUUGAUACCCAAUUCACUUUCAAUUUGCACUCAAUCGAUCCACUCCCACUACACCAACUUCCGAAUUUAAGAUCUUUUAGGGUUUGGUAAUUUAACUGAAUCCGAUCGAUACCCAACUCGAGAUCCUCAAUUCAAUUCGUGUAGAUCUUCUUUGCAAGAUUUGGUUUCCGAAUCCACUUUUUGAUCUCGAUUUGAGUUCUGGAAUCUGGUGUCAGUUAAUUCCUUACCUUCGAUCUAAAUUUAUAUGUUGGGCAGUAGAUUUUAAUUAUGGAUUCAACGGAAUUGGGAAAAAAUGGUGAAAUCAAAGAUAAUGGUAAGUAUGAUGGUGAACAUAUUGAUGGUAAAUCAUUAGAUGAGAACAUAUCGCCGCCACCGCCGUCGCCGCCUACUGCCGCCACGAAAGGGCGGGGGUUGAGGAAAUGGCGGAGGAUUCCAAGAGAAGCCGGUAAGGAAAUGAAUAGUAGUUUAGAUAGUAAUCGGAAAAGGGGUUCGAUGUCUUUUCCAAUUGGGGUGAAACAAAAGAGCGAAGGGUCGAGUUCUUCGACGAAUGCUGUAUCGAAUGCUUUGGAUCGUAAUAGUCCGCUUUUGGUAGAUUUCGGAUCGGAUUUUGCGACCGGAGCGGAUUCUGAGAACAGCGAGGAUCGGAACAGUAGAUCUUCGACGGCAGCUAGUGUUCCGAGAGCAAAGAAUUUGGAAACAGUGAGGAUUUUGAGUGGUACGAAUUCGGGGAUUUCGGUACAAUCUGGUGAUCAGUCGGGGAAAGGUCGAAGUGUAACGAAUAAGAAGGCGAGAGGGGUUAGAAUCAAGAAGGAAAACUCGUUAUCGAGUGUGGAGUCUGAUUCCCGAAGCUCAAACUUUGUGUUCGCGAAGGGUAGUAAUGGUAGACAGAGUGGUAUGUCAGGAAACUAUGAUGAAGAUUAUAGUGACGAUGCUCGAAAUGGUGAUCGAUGUUUGAAUGAGGAAGGUCGGGAUGCGAACGAGGGUGAUUCCGAAGAGAUUUCGCGUGAAGAUUUGGGAGCAGAGAAUUCUUGGGAGGUGAAGGAAGAAAAGGUCGAUGAUCCUGUGGAGUCCGGGGAUCGGGAUGAUCUGGCGGAAUCUGUGAUGCCGCUUCAUUUGGCUCAAGAAGCACUCGAGAGAGAAGUCCAGAAACUGAGGGAUGUCGGUAAAGAGGAUCCCUUGUCCAACGACACCAAGAUCUUCGAGCUUGAAUCCAUCUUGAACUUUGGAAACAUGAAGAUCGAGCACGACGAAAUCUUGAAACAACGAAUUGCAGCCGAGAUCGAAUUUCUAGUCAUAUCGACAACAAUCCAGAACCUGAAGACGGGUUGCAAAGAUCAAACCAAUCUUAUGGUACAACAAAAGAACGUAGCCGCACCAGUAUCAGUAUCAGUACCUGUACCUGAAGCGGUGAAGGUUGAAGAUGAAGGUGAAACCGCAAGAAACCUGCGAAAAAGCGUACGCAGAUACGGUUUUUGGUUCAUAAUUCAAUUGGUGUUGUUUGUUGUAGCUUUGUAUCUGUUGGUAUUGCAGAUUUCAUCCCGAGAUACGAAGGUUUUCCCCACUUAAUUGUAUCACCAAAACCAACACUUAAUUUGUUAGAUCAGUUGCUGAUCUUUUGUUUGUAAUAUGACUUUUGUAGCUCUCAUUCAUUUAUGUAUC